CCAGUUUGGUUGGAGGUAUAAAUAAGCAAGAAGGAAGCAGAGGGUCCAAUGGAACUAAUUCACGCAGACACAAAAGGGGUUGCAGAAGGAAAGCAAAGUAUUCUUGGGAAACUGGGAGCCGUUCCUUCCCAGCGGGGGAGCUUUUCUCUCCUCUUCCCUUUCCUUUUCCAACUCUACCUCUCUCCAUCUCCCUGUUCUUCGCCUUCUUCAAACUCCCCGCUCAUUUCCUGUUGUUGGAAUGUCAAUCCGGAAGGAUAUGGGGAAGUAUGACCCCAUCAAACCACUCCAUGACUGUGAUCUCGCCAAUGAGACUGCUGUUCUCAUAAAUCCAGAUUCCCUGACUCUCUUCUCUGUUUCUCACCACUGUAAUCACUCUCAUGAAGAUGUUGAGAUGGCUCUUCUUGAUUCUCAUUCCAGAUCUCCUCUUCCUCUUCACAAUGCCAAUCCCUUAACUCCUCCUGCUUCUUCCAAACUCGAUGACGCCCAAUUUUCCUCUUCGGCUAGGCCCGUUCUCCGAUCUUCUCCCCAAGGCCAACGUCUUGCUUCGCUCGAUGUAUUUCGCGGCAUCACUGUUGCGCUAAUGAUAGUUGUGGACUAUGGUGGUGGGGUUAUGCCUGCAAUAAACCAUUCACCAUGGGAUGGGUUAACCCUGGCAGAUCUUGUAAUGCCAUUUUUUCUAUUCAUUGUUGGAGUUUCGCUUGCCCUUGCUUACAAGAAAAUUCCAAGCCGAGGCAUUGCAACUCAGAAGGCUGUGUUACGGACGUUGAAGCUCUUGUUCUUAGGCCUCUUCCUUCAAGGAGGCUUUCUCCAUGGCAUAAACAAUCUAACUUAUGGAGUGGAUAUCCAGCAAAUUAGAUGGAUGGGAAUCUUACAGAGAAUUGCAAUAGCAUACUUUCUGGCAGCUGUGUGUGAGAUAUGGCUAAAGGGAAGUGAUUAUGUGAAUUCAGAAACUGCAUUGCGGAGAAAGUAUCAAUUACAGCUGGUUGUUGCUGUCAUCCUCACUACGUUAUAUCUUGUCCUGUCAUAUGGACUGUACGUUCCUGAUUGGGAGUAUCAAGUUCCAAGUCAAUCUACUUCCAAUAUGGCUUCUCCAAAGAUAUUUUCUGUGAAAUGUGGCACACGUGGUGACACUGGACCAGCUUGCAAUGCUGUGGGAAUGAUAGAUCGUAAGAUAUUUGGUAUUCAACAUCUGUAUAAAAGACCUAUUUAUGCACGGUCUGAGCAAUGCAGCAUUAAUUCACCAGACUAUGGUCCAUUGCCUCCUAAUGCUCCUUCUUGGUGUCAAGCUCCUUUUGAUCCCGAAGGAAUUUUAAGCACAGUGAUGGCUGUUGUGACCUGCUUGGUUGGCUUGCAUUACGGGCAUAUCAUUGUACAUUUCAAAGAUCACCGAGACAGAAUGCUUCAUUGGAUUAUUCCUUCUUCUUGUUUAAUUGUGUUGGCCAUUGGGUUAGACUUCUUAGGGAUGCAUAUAAAUAAGGUUCUUUAUACAGUUAGUUACAUGAGUGUCACUACUGGUGCAGCCGGACUUCUCUUUACCGGGAUAUACUUGAUGGUUGAUGUGUACAGAUGGAGGCGCAUGAAUGUGGUGAUGGAGUGGAUGGGAAAGCAUGCAUUGGUGAUAUAUGUGCUGGCUGCCUGUAACGUGCUGCCUGUGGUUCUCCAAGGCUUCUACUCAGGGCAGCCACAGAACAACAUCCUGAGACUAAUUGGAAUUACAACGUGAAAUGGUGUUGUGGUGGAAGUGGCCUCUUGAGAGUCCAAAUGCUUCAAAGGUCUGUCCUUUGCAAUAUAUAGACUUGACCACAUAGCAUCAUGAUGGUUAUGUCCAUUGGUGGUUGAUUGAUAUUUUCUAUUAAAAGAGGAAGGAACAAUAAAAAAGAGAGGUAUAUGCUCGCUAGCUCGAUCAAGCACUCGCUCGGCUCGUCCCUAAUAGAGAAGAUGUAGUUUAGUUUUGUGUAAAAAUGUGUAGAAGGGGAAUUGAAUGGGAAGCUAUAUAUUUAUUAUUUAGUAGGUGAUCUGCCUUGACACAUCACUACACUGUAUUAUGAGUUUUUAGAAGAUGAUAAAUGAUGAUGAGCUUUAAAUCAUUCCUGGGUUUAUGCAGGAAAGUUAUAUAUGAUAUCAUGAAUGAAUGAAU